AUGGGCAACUCUCCUAGCAAACCGCUUCGUGGCAUCAAAAAUGACCCAAAUGCCCCACCAUCACUGCGCUUUACAAGAAAACGACAAAUGGUCAUACCGGUGGCUUAUGGCAAGCGUAAAGAGUAUCUGUGUUUUCCAACGGCACAUUCGUAUGAGCUGUUCAAGGCUAGAGGCAAAAAGUUUAGCACUCCAGAAAAUAUGCAGGAUGAAGAUCUUGGGGUGCCAUUGUUCGAGUUCAAGAAUCUCGGUCCACUGGAAAGGUUUGGAAGCUCUGAAAAUGAACGAUAUUUGAUUUCAAAAUUUGUGUGCCAAUCGAUCUCGCAGCCUCCACCGUACUUUGAAAGUAUUGUGGUUUGUCAAAGUGAAACGCACAUCAUCUACAAGUCGCCAUUCUGCACUGUAAUCAAGGCUUUUAAAACCAGCAGAUGCAGUUACGAUUUUAUUUUCUACACUCCUAAUGAAAUGCCCCCGUUACGGCUUGUACAACACUGCUCAUCGGUUGGCUUGGAUACUCGUCUUGGCGACUGGGACGUCAGUUGGCGCCGCACGGGAAAGGAGGACUACGAGCUCUUGGUUCUGCUUCCACCUGAAGAAAGUGCCACCAUUCCUGGUAAUCACCCUAAUCAUAACCUGUUUGAGCCGAAUGCGCCAGUUUGGGCCCAAUACAUUGACGCAGAAGAAUCAUUCUCGCAUUCAAUGUCCGGAAAGUUCGCCGUACUUAACAUAGGUGAGACGGAUCUCGAAUCCGAUUCCACUGCAUACGGAAUUGCUAGCAUCCCCUGGUUCUCCCUGGUCAUUGCAUGCAUGGCAUUAGUACAAUGUCAUCGCAUCCAAGAAUACAGACACAGAAGCAGAGGUCCCGGUCGUAGAUAUUACAAUGCGACUCCGCUCAUGGGCAUCACAAAUGCCGGAUACGGUUAUUACUGA